UCCCUCGACUGCAGCAGUCUGAACCGCGGCAGCUGCAGUGGCUGUGUGCGUGUUGGUGCUCUGAGCUCCGGCCGCUGGAGGGCUGUUUCUCAUCCUGCAGGAAUGAAUGGAUCCUUGGAGGAAUAAAAGGUCCUUCAGCUGCCGAAUAUGCAGGACACUAUGGAGUGGGUGUGUCUGAGGAAGGGGGUGGGUCUCUCAGUGCUCCUCCUGCACACCUUUACCUGGGUUUGGACAGGCGCAAUCGAACCCGCCCCAAAGAUUGAUGGACAACAGCGUUCUGAGGUCACCCUGCAGGAAAACGUCUCCCAUCGCUUCAACUGCGAGUCGGAGGGCUGGAGUGCACAGGCUCCGCCCCUACUGACCUGGUACCUGAAUGGGGAGCGGCAGAGCGAGGUGACUGGCAGCCAGGGCGCUGCACGACUGGUGAUGACAUCACCAGAGGAUUCGGGCAGGGUGAAGUUCAGCUCGGAGCGAAACAGCAGCUUCACGCUCCGGCCGAGGAAAUGGGACCGCGAGCUGGUAUGUGCUGCCAGAAACCCAGGAGGUGGUGAGAGCUACAACGCUACGGUCAUCCUAAAUGUUCAGUUUCAGCCGGAGAUUCUGCGAGUGAACGCUCACUACAGUGAAACCUCAGACCCUGGUCUCUCCUUGGUCCUCUUUGCUCUGGUUCGCUCCAACCCCCCUGCCACUAUCACCUGGCUGGACCAGUCUGGCCAGCUGGUGGCCAACACCUCAGACUUCCUCAUCCUGGACUCCCGGAGCUACCCCUGGCUGGCCAAUCACAGCCUACAGGUCACUUUGAGCAGCCUGCCGGGAAACGUCUCAGUCAGCGCCAACAACAGCGUCGGCGCCGUCCAGACCAACCUCACUCUAACAGAGUUCCUGCAGUCACGGGUGGAGGUGCCAAUGCUGGGGAUCGUCACUGGCGGCGUUGCUGGCUUCAUCACUCUCCUCAUCCUCACACUGAUGGUGCUCUGCCUUCUGCACAAGGAUAAAGGCAAAGCCAUCGAAGAGCCUGUUGCAAUUCCCAUAGCCUUGAAAUGUAAUGACUCAGCAAAAGUGCAGGUGGAUGGUGUGUAUCUGCCCCGGGAGAACAUGUCCCUGCCCUCCAACGUCCAGCUGAAUGACCUCAGCACGCUCUGCAAAGGACGGCCGAACUCCAAACAAAGCACUUUAGCACGCAAGACGGAUGAGGAGGAGGAGGAGGACCUGUCCUUGGCCUACGCAGCCAGAGGUUUCGCCAGGUACCCCAUGGUUGGUUACAUCUACAAAGUUAACAGCACAAGCAGUGAUGAGAUCUGGCUUUGACUUGAUUUCACAGUUAUACGCAAUAUGAUCACUGCUUAUUGUCUCACGUCCCCAUUAGGCAGGGAGGUGUGUUUGGUCCCCACUUGGACAGUUCAGGUCAUUUUAACCAUUUUAAAUAUCUAGAUUUUCCAACAUAAAAUAUUUGAUUGUCCCAAAGAGAAAAUAUUACAUAUUGAUGUACAAAAAACAACAAACAGUUUUAACAUUAAUGUACUACGUACAGCUAGCUUUUACAUAAGUGUGUUAAAUCGGCCUUCAUAAAAAUCAUUUUUAUAAUUUACAUUUUCAUUUUUCAUUUGAAAUAAUUAUAACAUUUACUUUCAUCUGCUUAGAAGUGCUUGUAUUGCCAAAUUCCCUUUUAAGUAAACAGGUAUUAAGAGUAUAUUAAGAUAUGAAGAAAGUUUGGACACACCUACUCGUUUUCUACUUGUUGGAAUAUUGAAAACAGUAAAACUAUAUAGAUGUUCUUACAGAAUUUCUACAGUCAGAAACAUGGGCCUUCUACCAAAUACAGCUACCUUCCUCAUGCAACUCAACGAAUUGGCUGAAAUGUGUUAACAAGGACUGACCAAUUAACAAUUAACGAAAACCAUAAAGCAAGAAGGAUGGUUUAAUGAUCGUGGUAAGUCGGAUCUGGAGGAAGAUGAUUGAGGGUUCAGGAUUGGUGGAAGAUAUAUCAAUAUCCUUGAUAGAUAGUGAAAAUAUGGAACAUCAGAAGGUCCUUAUAAGGUUAAAGAACAGAAUGAAAAUAUAGAAAUGCUAAAUAUGAAGAAGACUGAGGUUUUGACUGAUCAGUGACCAGUAGAUGUGGAAGUGAUGGACAGAUUUUACCUACUAGAAUUAAAAACAGAGGAUCCAGCACUCACCAAAUGACAAAGAUUGGUGUGUGAUGGAAGAAGGAUGAAGGAGCUUGGAAAAAUCUUCAUAUACAUGGACUGAAAACAAAGAUCAGGACAGGCCAGGCUGUGGUCUUCUCUGUGGGUGUGAGACAGGAAAAAUACAAAUGUUUUUGAACCUCGAUGGUCGUGAAGACCUUUACGAGUUCCCUGGACGGCAACAAAUAAAGUGAGCCUUACCUUUCAAGAACAGUUAACCAAAGUGAAACUCUUACAUUGGACACAUAAGAGGAACAAUGUGGCGUCUGCCCAUGCCCCUGAGCCCCGAUGGUGGCUGCAAGAGCCUGUCAGAAGGUGGGGCCCAAACAUCAAGCAGAGACGAAUCCCAGUGAGGACGGCAGGGAGAGAGGUGCGAAUGAGUGGGGGACAGAGCGCACAACCCAAGCUCUGCCAAGGGAAAGUCCCAGUGCAGGGCGGGAGGGUGGGAGAACAAAGCCACUGCCUGAGUAGGGACUCCAUUAGCGGCCGGUCGCGAGUCUUGGAGGUCAGCUUGUCAGGGAAAGCUGUACCGGCGGCAGGCACAGUCGCACUGACUACUUCAGCGGCAGGCAGGGCUUCUGCAACUUCUUCGGCAGCAGACAGGGACCUCCGUGACUUCUCGGGACUCGCUCUUUGCCCUCGAGCCUCUCGUUGCUGUUGCCGGCACCAUCCUCCUCCUGCUGUCACUUGCGUCCCUUGGCGGAGCUCGGGCUUAGCACUCCCUCCACCACCCUCUCGCUCCUCUCUCCUCUCUGGCUGGAGAGUGCAUGUACCUACGAUUAAUAAUCCGAUAACUGAAUAAAAUUAGAUUUAGUAAUCGCACCGCUUUACCUGCAAAUAUGAACAUACAUCAUCUAGAAGACGAAGAAUAUUUUAAUCCUUUAUUUCGUCAAGCAUAUAGUUGAAUUCAGUGUCGCUCUGAAAGUGUUUUGCCAUGUCUUGCUGCUCACUUAUUUCUGUUUUUUUUGCACAUGCUCAGACUGAGAAAAAGGAAAGAAAUCAGAGUAAGUGUUCACAUGCACAGAGAAAUCUGAUUACUGAGCUAAAAUCCAUCAGAUUUAUAGGCCUUACUCUGAUCUAAGAAAUCAAGAGUGUUGUUUACAUAACCAUCUGAAUAAUCAGACAACUGCAGAAAUACAAUAUUAUGAUUGGAUUAUUAAGUGCAUGUAAACACACUGAGUCAGAGCAAUCAUGAAGCAGCCAUUCAGAAAACCGGACAUUCUGGAGAAACGCUGACCACAUGGUUCCCAGACAUCUGAAAUUACUUUACGGCACUUAAUAAUAAUAAGAAAGUUUCUGAUUCCAAUUCUAAAUUUCCCGCCUCAUUAAACUCCUGAAUAAAAUCUAAUAAAAUCUCAUUUAAAAUGUAUUUAAUGUUUUUUAAAAUAAAUAAUAAAUGCAUGUGUAGCCAUCCAUUGGAAUGUUUACAUUUGUCUCGGAAACAACUUUGAAACUUUAAUCAAGUUCAAAUAUAAGUUCAAUUUAAGUUCAAAUAUCAAAAUUGAAAACUCAUGCAACAUAUUGCUUUGGUGUGCCCAAACCCCACCCCCUGUAAUACAUGCGCAUACUUUUUAUUUUUCGCUCACAAUUCCUUCGUAUUGUAUCUGGUUCCCACAAGUUGCACUAACCUGAAUGUUCUUUGCAAAAGGAGGCCUUACAGAAUAACGGUUUCCAUGACGACUAGUAAACUGCGCUCUAUAAUCAAACACCUUCACCUUCGUUAUGUAUACUUUGAAUGUAUUUGAACGAUGAAGUAAAUCAGUUAAAUUAUCCUCUGCAUCAAAUAUGCAAGUUAAUAAGUCGCGAGAUGCCGUAUGAAUUAGACAUAAAAACUCUAAAUUUGUGUAAGUUUCAUAAAUGUCAUCCAAGCACAGUCAAUGCUAUGUGGAAUGCUACAUGUCCUUUGUGCUAUAUAAGAGAAUGUGCAAUACAUUAUAUAUUCAUAAUGCAAGUACAGUAUAUUUGUACGAAUUAAAUUAUACUGCAGAGGAUUAUAGCAGAAUGGUAAACAUGUAUUUGUUUAUCUAUGUGUAUAUUUACUGUACAUUUGCUUAUAAUGUAUGUACUGUAUAUAUCUAUUAAAGAUGAGAUGGACGGUCAUUGCGCUUUCCGUCCAGCAGGA